AUGAAGAAUAGUGCUGGUCCAGUUUCAGCAUUUCUCGGCACGUUGGACGAGAGUAAUGUCGCAGUCUUAUCAACAAUGCAACAACUGUGUCAACAUAAUCUUUUGGUAUCAGACUCUAACCGGGAUGCCUCCUGUCUGGUAUACAACAUAGGAGGAGUUCUUGGUUCUAGGAACAAAUUGCCUAUCCCUCCAAAGUGGAAUUGGACUUAUGAAUUUCAGGUUAAGGACAGGAUUGGGAGCUUCUUUUACUUCCGUUCAUUCAAUUUUCAGAGAGCUUCUGGCAAUUUUGGCGCGUUUAUUAUUAAUAACAGAGUUUCAGUACAUAAAGAUCUAAUUAAACUGUCGGCAGAGCUCAAGUUCUACUUCUCUACCUCGGUCCCUCCGCCUCCUUCAAACUGGUGGUUGAGUGGUGGCGCUGAUCUACAUUCCACUUACAUUAUGGAUGGUCGCCGCCAUUUAGCCCAUUUCUUGGUGCCUGUCAUGCUAGUGUUGUUUCAUAGCUUGGAGGCCGCCGGUGGGCCUCUCCGGGAAGUUGCUGACCUGCAUUGGUAUCCCGCCACCGCUACUUGGUACGGAAGCCCCGAAGGCGACGGCAGUGACGGUGGGGCGUGUGGGUACGGGUCUUUGGUGGAUGUGAAGCCAUUCAGGGCUCGAGUCGGGGCAGUGAGCCCGGUAUUAUUUAAGAACGGGGAAGGGUGUGGGGCCUGCUUUAAAGUGAGGUGCUUGGACAAGUCAAUAUGCUCUCGAAGGGCUGUGACCGUCAUUAUAACGGACGAGUGCCCAGGUGGUUACUGCUCCAAUGGCCGCACCCACUUCGACCUUAGCGGUGCUGCCUUCGGACGAAUGGCUAUCGCCGGUUCUGGUGGCGGGUUGCGCAACCGUGGCGAAAUUUCCGUAAUCUACCGACGGACACCAUGUAAGUAUCCUGGGAAAAACAUUGCUUUUCAUGUCAAUGAAGGUUCAACUGAUUAUUGGCUCUCACUUUUAGUCGAAUUCGAAGAUGGAGAUGGUAACGUUGGGUCAAUGCAUAUAAGACAGGCAAAUUCGAAUGAAUGGCUAGAGAUGACACAUUUAUGGGGUGCAAAUUGGUGCAUUAUUGGGGGACCCUUAAGAGGACCAUUUUCUGUAAAGUUAACAACACUAUCAACAGGAAGAAGUCUAUCUGCGAGGGAUAUUAUACCCAGAAAUUGGUCUCCAAAAGCCACUUACACAUCCCGCCUCAACUUCUACUAG